AUGGCCGGCUCGCAGCUCAAACGCCUCAAGGCGUCCCUCAAAGAGCAGGGAAUUGUUGGACCCCAACAAUCGAAAAAGCAAAAGCGACGCAAUGCUCAGGAUGAGCGUUCUCGCAAUGACAAGCGACUCCAGCGUGGAGUCGUUCUAGAAGGCAUUCGCGAGCAGUUCAAUCCUUUUGACCUGAAGCAUGCCAAGGGUCCCAAGUUCGAGGUUACCAGUAACCGACCAACUUUGACUGCGGGAAGCAUCAAAGGACGACCUGGUCAGGCCAAGGCAGCUAGCGAAGAGAGGCGUCGAAACAAGGUCGGUGGAAUUAUCGAUCGUCGAUUCGGUGAAAAUGAUCCCACAAUGGCACCAGAAGACAAGAUGCUGGAACGAUUCGCUCGAGAGAAGCAAAGAAGUCACAAGAAGAACUCCAUGUUCGACCUGGAAGACGACGAACCAUCAGAGGGCUUGACACACAUGGGCAAGUCUCUCAGUUUCGAUAAUAUGGACGAUUUCAAGGAAGACGACCUGGAGGAGGAUUAUGACAGUGAUGGGUCAGUGCGUGAGCGACAAAGACUAAAGCGUAUUCGUGCAUUGGCCGCCGAGGGAAGCGAUGGAGAAGAUGCUGAGACCGACGAGCCUGAACGGAAAAAGACGAAGAAGGAGGUAAUGGAAGAGGUCAUCGCCAAGUCCAAACACUACAAAUACGAGCGCCAGGCUGCGAAGGAGGAGGACGAAGACCUUCGAGAAGAAAUCGAUAAGGAGCUUCAAACCAUCCAGGCCCAACCUGCGGACCGCACCAAGACUGAGGAGGAGAAGGCUGAAGAAGAGUCUCAGAGGUUGAAGGAACUCGAAGAAAAACGCCAGAAGCGCAUGCGAGGAGAGUCAGUCAGCGAUAGUGAGGACGAGGAAGUCAACAACAAGGGCAAGAAGACUGAGCAAGACGAGAUGGACCUGGACGACGAAGACGAUUUUGGUCUUGGUGACGGUAUCCGAGCUCGACCUACAGCUACCGAACUUGGAUUCGACGAUGAAGACGACUUCAUCAUCGACGAUGAUCUUGUGGCUGACGGAUCUGACAUGGAGCCACUCGAUGACAGUGACGAUGAAUCGAUGGAGGAUGGAUCUGAGGAGGAAGAGGAAGAGGAGGAUGAGUUUACCAAGGGCCUCCUCAACGAAGAAGAGAGCCGAAAUCCUGUCUUCGAAGUUGACUCGACUACAAAGGCUUCGGCCAUUCAGAAAGGUGAUGAGCAGGGUCUUCCUUAUACCUUCACGUGCCCCCAGACUUGCGAUGAGCUGAAGGCCACUCUGGCCCCAUACCCGACCAAGACCUUCCCUACCAUCGUUCAAAGAAUUCGUGCCCUCUACCACCCUAAGCUCAACAGCAAGAACAAGGAGAAGCUCGGCAACUUUGCUACUUCUCUGGUCGACUAUAUUGGUUCACCUUGGGAUCCCACAACUUCUGCUCCCUUUACUGUCCUCGAAAGCCUUGUCCGACACAUCCACUCUCUUUCCAAAAUGUUCCCUGUCGAGAUUGGCAAGCAGUUCAGCCACAACAUUGAGGAGAUCAGCACCUCAAGACCGCUGGACCUGGGGCCUGGAGACCUCGUUCUGUUGACUGCUGUUGGUACCAUUUUCCCCACCUCCGAUCACUUCCACCAGGUUGUCACCCCUGCUGUGUUGACAAUUACGCGAUACUUGGGCCAGAAGGUACCGCAAGGCCUGGCACACUAUGCCAUCGGCGCCUAUCUCUCAACCCUUGCUAUCAGCUACCAGAAGCUCGCAAAGCGCUAUGUUCCUGAGGUUAUCAACUUCUCUCUGAACACUCUCUGUGCUUUGGCGCCUGCUGCUUCUUCCAAGCAAUUCGGAAACUUUCCCAUCCACAAUGCUCCCGCCGAUAUCCGUAUCGAGAGCGCAAGUAAGGCCAAGGUCCGGAAGCCAAAUUUCUCGGACUGCAUCGCCGGGGAGUUGAAAAAGUCCGAAGCCAAUGCUAGUAAGGUUGCCAUUAUCAACGCCACAGCGUCCAUUUUAGAGGCUGCUGCGGACUUGUGGACUGGCAAGAGCGCAUUCAUUGAGACUUUCAGCCAGGCUGCAAGCGUGCUAAAGCAUCUCAACGGCAAGGCUUGCCGACCCCAGCUACCUACCGCUUUGAAUGAGAGGGUUGAGAAGUUGCUGGCCAAGUUCGACCGCAUGCUCCAGGUUGCCCAGCUAUCGCGUCGCAACGUUGAACUCCACCACCACCGUCCCCUGGCAAUCAAGACUUAUAUCCCCAAGUUCGAGGAGACGUUCGACCCAGACAAGCACUACGACCCAGACCGUGAGCGUGCAGAGAUGGCCAAGCUCAAGAAGGAGCACAAGAGGGAGCGCAAGGGUGCUCUGCGGGAGCUGCGCAAGGACGCCAACUUUAUGGCGCGGGAGAAGCUGCGCGUCAAGAAGGCGAAGGACGAGGCUUACGAGAAGAAAUACAAGCGCCUCGUUGCCGAGAUUCAAAGCGAGGAGGGCCGCGAGUCGAAUAUUUACGAGAGGGAGAAGUCUGCGAGAAAGAAGGCCAAGAACAGGUAAAUGGACAUGGCGGCAUAGGCUUAGGCGAAGGAUACCACAUAUUCAUUCAUAUAUUCAUUUGUGU